UUUGCAGGCUUCUUUUUUUCUCUCGGUAUUAUUAUUUUCUUUUAAUUCUGUCCAAAUAUCUUCGCUGUGCAAGUGUCUCAGCGUGCCUCAAGGGUGUCUAUCCUGCAUCGGCUUGGACGACUCACCACUCCCUGUGCUUCUUUAGUGCGAACAAGUAGCUUGUCCAACGCAGUCCUAUUCCACGCCUUCGUCGUGCUUGCCUGGGAUAUUGCAGCUUGCGAAGCACCCGUACGUCGGUUCUUCUCCAUCUGUUGCCGACGUGCACGACUCUUGUGUGGUUGCCAAAUUCCUCUUGUCUCGCAGACACGGUUUCUGUCUUCUCUGCACUACUUCGCUGUCAUGCCUUCUGGACUUACCCUCUUAGUAGCGGCCUGGCUUCUAGCGAUAUGCCGUGUGGGUUCGGACGACCCGGUACCUGACCUCUGCAACCUCAUUGACCAGCCCAUGUACUGUCGUUGCGACGCCAGCGAUGCGGACGAAGUAACCGACGUCACGUGUUACGUAGGAAGAAAACUCCCGGAGGACCACGUUGUUUUUCAAUCAUUCGAACGGCAACCGAGUGUCACUUCUGUAGCAUUCACUGCCUUCGGUAGCGAGUAUAAGCUUGACUUUGUCCCGACGCUGGCAUUGCUCCACACGCCGCAAAUCGAGCGGCUAAAGGUCGCGCAAGCGGAGCUCGGGGACGUCAAGGCUCACUCGUUCCACAACCUCUCGCGUCUCGUCGUGCUCUCACUGGACUCGAACGAGAUUACGAGCUUGGACGCCGACGCCAUCGCGGACCUUCCCCGCCUGAAGAAGCUCGAGCUCGGAGACAACAAGCUGAGGAGGCUGCGCGCCGGCUCUCUGAAGAACCUUCCUUCCCUGACGCACCUGUUCCUCGAGCGCAACCAGCUGGAGGUGGUCGACGACGGCGCGUUCGAGGACCUGGGCGCCCUGUGGGAGCUGGAGCUGAGCGACAACGCCAUCGAGAAACUGGGCGAGCAGAGCUUCCGCGGCCUGGGGCGCGUCGCCAGGCUCGACCUGUUCCGCAACAAGCUGACGCGGCUCGAGGCCCGCCUGUUCAGCGGCAUGCCCCAGCUGGCCGAGCUGGACCUCAAGUACAACGCGCUGUCCGAGGUCGACCCGCUGGCCUUCGAAGGGCUGCCGCAGCUCACCGUGCUCUACAUGUCGUACAACCGGCUGCGCGUGCUGCCCGCGCACAUGUUCCGCGGGGCUCCCAACCUGGUGUCCGUGGACCUGUCGCAGAACCAGCUGCUCACGCUUACCUGGAGGACGGUCCAGGACCUGGCGAAAAUCGACGCCGAGUCCUUCGACAUGAGCCUCACUGGCAACAAGUUCAGCUGCGACUGCCGGCUGGCCUGGAUACUGCACCUGGAGAAAGCCACGCGCAACGCCAAGUUCCGUCGAGAACUGCGCCACGUCAAAUGCGACUUCGAAGAUGCCACGACGGCCCCGGCCAACGCGACCGGCGGCAGCAAAGUGGUCCGGCUGAGCCUCAAACAACUGGGAUGCACCGAGGACUACGAGCGUCCCGCGUUAGGCGAUGGCCCCCUCACGACUGACACUACGGGGUCCGUGCUGUCUUCUGCACGUCCUUACGAUGACGAUUACGAAGACGUCAGCGAUGACGAGGCAGACGGCGACGAAAGCGACGAUAAUUCGCAGGGUUUUUCGCCGCACGACAGGCAGCACUCGCGAGAAGAGAUACCAUCUGUAACGAACGAGGUCGACGUCAUCCUGAGUCAGCAAAAAUCUCUCGAGAAAGACGUGUCGGCGAAUGGCCAUAAGGCUGCUCACGGCACGGCUUCAGAAAUUGUGCCUCGCGAGGCCGCGACAGUGCUGAUGUUCGUUUUCCUGUUCUCUGUCUGUGCGAAAAACUGUUGCAGGUGUCCGACGGUGUUCGCCCGAGAAAUGGCGUGGCAGAAGGAAGCGCUCGUACUUGCGUCGACUCUCGUAGUGUACACCUUGUCGGCUUCGGACGUCGUCGUUACCAGCUCUCAGGGCAAAUUGCGAGGCCGGUCUAAUGCCGUAUUUGGAAAUCCUGUUGAGACGUUUCUCGGCGUUCCCUACGCGCUUCCACCCGUCGGAAACCGAAGGUUUCGCAAACCAGUGCCUUUGACUACUUGGGACGGCGUCUACGACGCAACGGUGCCGAAGCAGUCCUGCAUGCAGCCUGUUCAGUCGGGCCGCUUCGAAGCCCCCGUGCCGUUUUCUGAGGACUGCCUGUAUCUUAACGUUUGGACACCGAGCACGUCCGACUCACUGCGAAGACCGGUGCUGGUAUGGUUCUACGGCGGCUUGUACAUGGUGGGCUCGGCGUACGUGGACAUAUACAACGCCACGGCGUUGGCCGCCUUCAAUGACCUCGUGGUGGUGUCGUGCGACUUCCGCUCUUCUAUGUACGGCUUCUUUGAGUCAGGCGACGCCGAAGACGGGCCCGGCAAUGUGGGGCUUUGGGACCAGCGGCUCGUGCUUGUGUGGAUCCGCGACAAUAUCGCGGCGUUCGGUGGGGACCCCGACCAAGUGACACUCUUCGGGGUCAGUUCCGGAUCCAUGCUGGCCCACGCUCACGUCCUCUCACCGCUGAGCAGGGGACUGUUCAGACGCGUGUACCUGAUGAGCGGCACAUUAAACAUCAACGUUCAUUCUGACUCGGCGACAGACAGCGUCUACAAAGGCAACAAAAUAGCGCUGAGAGAUAAGGCUGUUGACUUCCUAGGCAAGCACAACGCAUACUGCCAAAGCCGAUUUUUCGCUGAAGAUCACUCCAAGUUUGCAAUCAACGUGUACGCGCAAGUUUUCGCACAUAGGUCGAAGAAGUCGACGCUGCCAGAGUGGGUCGCAGCGUCUCACAUGGAUGACGUUCCGUACACUUUCGGAAUUCCUUUCUUGGAGCCGGACAAGUACACUGACGAGGACAGGAACUUUAGCGCAGUGCUCAUGAAGAGCCUGGCAGCGUUCGCCGAAAACGGGGUGCCCAAAAUUCCUGAGCUGCAGUACUGGCCGCCAUUCUCUGCCACUUCUCCAAACUUUGCGUGGCUUCAGCCUGGAAACUACAGCCUGCUGAAAGAUUUCCUCGGCACAACCUGCGACCUGUGGAGAAAUUUUCUAAAUAUCUUCGCUGUGCAAGUGUCUCAGCGUGCCUCAAGUGUGUCUAUCCUGCAUCGGCUUGGACAACUCACCGCUCCCUGUGCUCCUUUAGUGCGAACAAGUAGCUUGUCCAACGCAGUCCUAUUCUACGCCUUCGUCGUGCUUGCCUGGGAUAUUGCAGCUUGCGAAGCACCCGUACGUCGGUUCUUCUCCAUCUGUUGCCGACGUGCACGACUCUUGUGUGGUUGCCAAAUUCCUCCUGUCUCGCAGACACGUUUUCUGUCUUCUCUGCACUACUUCGCUGUCAUGCCUUCUGGACUUACCCUCUUAGUAGCGGCCUGGCUUCUAGCGAUAUGCCGUGUGGGUUCGGACGACCCGGUACCUGACCUCUGCAACCUCAUUGACCAGCCCAUGUACUGUCGUUGCGACGCCAGCGAUGCGGACGAAGUAACCGACGUCACGUGUUACGUAGGAAGAAAACUCCCGGAGGACCAUGUUGUUUUUCAAUCAUUCGAACGGCAACCGAGUGUCACUUCUGUAGCAUUCACUGCCUUCGGUAGCGAGUAUAAGCUCGACUUUGUCCCGACGUUGGCAUUGCUCCACAUGCCGCAAAUCGAGCGGCUAAAGGUCUCGCAAGCGGAGCUCGGGGACGUCAAGCCUCACUCGUUCCACAACCUCUCGCGUCUCGUCGUGCUCUCACUGGACUCGAACGAGAUUACGAGCUUGGACACCGACGCCAUCGCGGACCUUCCCCGCCUGAAGAAGCUCGAGCUCGGAGACAACAAGCUGAGGAGGCUGCGCGCCGGCUCUCUGAAGAACCUUCCUUCCCUGACGCACCUGUUCCUCGAGCGCAACCAGCUGGAGGUGGUCGACGACGGCGCGUUCGAGGACCUGGGCGCCCUGCGGGAGCUGGAGCUGAGCGACAACGCCAUCGAGAAACUGGGCGAGCAGAGCUUCCGCGGCCUGGGGAGCGUCGCCAGGCUCGACCUGUUCCGCAACAAGCUGACGCGGCUCGAGGCCCGCCUGUUCAGCGGCAUGCCCCAGCUGGCCGAGCUGGACCUCAAGUACAACGCGCUGUCCGAGGUCGACCCACUGGCCUUCGAAGGGCUGCCGCAGCUGACCGUGCUCUACAUGUCGUACAACCGGCUGCGCGUGCUGCCCGCGCACAUGUUCCGCGGGGCUCCCAACCUGGUGUCCGUGGACCUGUCGCAGAACCAGCUGCUCACGCUUACCUGGAGGACGGUCCAGGACCUGGCGAAAAUCGACGCCGAGUCCUUCGACAUGAGCCUCACCGGCAACAAGUUCAGCUGCGACUGCCGGCUGGCCUGGAUACUGCACCUGGAGAAAGCCACGCGCAACGCCAAGUUCCGUCGAGAACUGCGCCACGUCAAAUGCGACUUCGAAGAUGCCACGACGGCCCCGGCCAACGCGACCGGCGGCAGCAAAGUGGUCCGGCUGAGCCUCAAACAACUGGGAUGCACCGAGGACUACGAGCGUCCCGCGUUAGGCGAUGGCCCCCUCACGACUGACACUACGGGGUCCGUGCUGUCUUCUGCACGUCCUUACGAUGACGAUUACGAAGACGUCAGCGAUGACGAGGCAGACGGCGACGAAAGCGACGAUAAUUCGCAGGGUUUUUCGCCGCACGACAGGCAGCACUCGCGAGAAGAGAUACCAUCUGUAACGAACGAGGUCGACGUCAUCCUGAGUCAGCAAAAAUCUCUCGAGAAAGACGUGUCGGCGAAUGGCCAUAAGGCUGCUCACGGCACGGCUUCAGAAAUUGUGCCUCGCGAGGCCGCGACAGUGCUGAUGUUCGUUUUCCUGUUCUCUGUCUGUGCGAAAAACUGUUGCAGGUGAUAACGUUUAAACUGGUUGUGUUCGUCACUACAAAUUGUUUCUCCGAAAAAAAAUGGAAUAGUGUGCUUGGCGAAGACAGGGCCAGCAUAAUGUCGCAAUUUAUUCCGCUUGAUUGUGUGCCCCAUUUAUCAUUCGCCGUUCAUUGCCAAUUGAUCCCGUUGAUAACACGGACGGAGCGCCGCUCUGACCACCGAUGAAGCGCCACAAGGAACGGCGUUGAAAUAGAAUUGUUACAUUAUCUCUGCCCAGAUUUCACAAGCACCUAUAUAUCUUUCCUUACAAUUUCAUAAUCAUGAGAGUUACUCAUUGUUCGUGAUCACGGAGCUUUCAUGGUACUUUCGAAAACAUCGAUGAACAACGUCACAGGCUUUGCGGUCCUCUUUGGUAUAUAGA